AAGGUGGUAGACGCGGAAGCGGUUCAAGGACCAUACGCUUGUCUUAGCUAUUGCUGGGGUGACUCUCGGAACCUUCAAACCACAAAAUCGACUCUACAGGAGCGGAGAAGAGGCAUCUCAUGGACGUCCAUUCCCAAGACGCUUCAGGAUGCCAUCGAGAUCACGCGAUCGCUCGGAAUGGGCCAUAUAUGGAUCGACGCACUAUGCAUUAUCCAAGAUGACGACGCCGACUGGAGAAGCGAGUCGGCCAGGAUGGGGCAUAUCUAUGCCAAUGCCGAGCUCACCAUCGCUGCGACUUGGGGGUCGGACGCGCAGACUGGGAUCCAUAAGAACAGGAGCGAAACAGUCACUGUGUGGCAACGUCAGGAAUUUGCUGCAGCCUCCACCAAGACGAGUCUUGGAGAUUCGCCCAUCUUUGCACGACGCCGGUUCGUCCACGACAACAUCGGUCUCAGUCCCCUCUGCCAGCGAGGAUGGACCUUACAAGAACACAUUCUAUCACGCCGCAUCGUCCACUUCACCGAACAGGAGGCCUGGUUUGCCUGUCGCGAGCAAGACGCAAAUUGCGAGUGCCAGUACGGGAGACCAGUAAUGCCCAUGUUUGUGCGGCCCGCGAAUGUGGGUAUGAUACCGGUUACACGCAUGUGGCGCACGAUAGUCCAGAACUACUCCUACCGCGAACUCACAAACCCAUCCGACAAGCUGUCUGCGCUCGCUGGAACAGCUCAGAUGCUUCACCAAAAAGCGGAGGAGCAGCGCUUACCGUUGGGCCGGUACCUCGCCGGCCUGUGGAACAAAACUUUUAGAAAAGACCUCCUCUGGUUUGUCAGUAGAUCGUCCGCAUGCGAAUUCCGGCAUGCCGAAAGAUACAGAGCACCAAGCUGGUCCUGGGCUUCUGUGAAUGGACAAAUC